AUGAAGGAACAGACAAAAUUAUCGUGCAUAUAUGAUCAGAAUUACUGUAAUGUGAAUACAUUACCGUCCAGAAAAGUGUACGCAGCAUUCGAACAGAAGAAUGGCAAACAUCAUCAAUGUGAUAACAUCAGCACCUGGAUACAAGGAAUAGAAGAAAUUUUAGGGGAUAAUUUAAGGAUGGGGGCAUAUAGUACAGUUUCUUUAGAGCUAAUAGCGGGUGCAUGGUGUCUUUUAUCUAAGGUUAGUACAGAAAAUCCACCUUGUAAGGUGGGGGUGCUGUGUGACUUUUUUUAUUUUUGGUUAGGAGACCAACUGCAUGGUAAAUUGAGUGGAUGGAAUACUUCACUUCCAACUAUUAUGCAACAAAUAUACACUAAAUUAGGAGGCAACAACGGUCCAUGUAGUUAUGGAACUAUUGACAAUACUAAUGACGGGGGCUUCCUCCAACGGAGAAAAAAAGUAUUCGAUUAUUAUUACGAUUAUAGAACUAUAUGGAAACAACUAAUGGAGAAUGACGCCCCCUGUAGUACAGCCUAUGGAGAGUAUUUGAAAGAUGCUCAAGAUGCUUAUGGAAGAGUGCAAGCAAAUUGUCCAACUAAUAAUGAUGACUUCUGUAAAGAAUUCUGGAAUAAGAAGUUCCAGAAUGGUACUAUCCCAAAACCGGAAGACUUGAAGUCCAAAGCAGCGUCUGAACAGGACCUUCCACCAUCUGACGAUGAAGGGGAUGAGAAAAAUCUCCUUUCCUGCUUGGAAGUGUUGUCUUCCAAAGUUGCUACAGUGCCGAAAGAAACGUCAUCCCACCUAUCACCAGCAUCACCAGAGGUGGAGGGUGCUGCUGAAAGCAGCAGGAGCAUUGCCCCCAUAGUUUCUUCCACACUUGCCGCACUCGGUCUACCAGCGGCUGUUUUCCUCUUAUAUAAAUAUACCAAUUUAUUCUCUGGAAUAGAUGGCACCUUCCCUAAGGAAAGGAACAAAAGAAAAAGAGGGAGUCCAGUGGAACGACAUUUUAACAAGUCUUCAGUUGACGACGACGAUACCUUAACAACAACAGAAGAAACUUCUUCUACAGUGGACAGUUCCACAAUAACCGAUUCCAUAACAGAAUACUCAGCGCCGCCAUCCAAUAGAAGAAGAACAAACAAUAGAAAAGGACAUCAACAACAAAGACAAAGAAAGACGAAUAUUAGUUAUCACAACAUGUAA